AUGAACAAGCAGCAGGAUAAUUUACAACGAGGAAACCAAGGUUUUAAGACCGUGCUGCCAGUCUCCAAAGUGUUUGUGGACACCCAGUCCAUUUUAUUCAGAGUACUGGUCCAGCCUUAUAUCUUCUUGGCAAAGGGCUCUGCUACUCUGGACAAAUUGAGGGACCUCUGUAACGAAGGGAGAGGACAUCCUUCCACGCUUUUGCAGCUCUAUACACAGGCUGUCUUAGACAUCACAUAUUUUGAGGAAAACCAGCUUGUGGAUGAAGAUUUUCCAGAAGAAUCUUCCUUGCAAAAAGUUAAAGAACUUAUUUGUAUUCUUUCAGAACCAGAAGACCUAGUGAGGGAAUGCAACAUAAAUGAAGAACCCAUCAGCAUCCUUGGUGCAGAGUUGUUAGAAUGUCUUUACUGGAGAAAAGGAGCCCUGCUUUACAUGUAUUGUCAUACAGCAAAAGAAAGGAGUGAAUGGCUACAAGAAAACAUUGCCAUAUUUAAAAAGUGUCUUAAUGAUGGAGUUCAUUACUUGAUGAAGAUGUUUAGCUUUAGAUGCCCUCUUCAGCUAAAUGAAGAUGUCUCACUUCAAGAUAAAGACACAGCUAGAUUACUCAGUGAAGGUAUAUUUAGUGACACUCACUUACUGGCGCUGAUGUACAGUGGAGAAAUGUGCCACUGGGGACUGCGACACUGUGGAGAAGGGAAGCAGGAAAGUGACCUGGGCUGCAGAUCAGAGAGCGUGUCGCUGGAUUUCCGAGAAACGGGCAAAAACAUGUUGACGAAGUAUGUGGCUGUAUGUGAGGGACCUUUAAAAGGCCAAGGGUGGAACACGACAACUGCAAAACAAAUGUUGUGUUACUUCGUGAAAUCCCACAAGUAA